AUGGAUGACGUUACUUUAGAUGUUGCUGAGAAGGUAGUAGAGCCGAAUUCUGCUGCCACUGUAAAACCUAAGUGUUGCAUACAUAUUGUCAGCGAACAAAGUUUCGAUUCCGACGUUAAGGAAUUCAAUGAGUCUACUUUAAAAAAAUACCGAACUGUCCUUGCUGCAAGAAGAAAAUUUAAUAUGUCCGACAAAAAUUUCAAUCUUCCAGUCUCUUUAAAUAAUUAUGAUUGUUAUCAUACACAAUGUUACAGAAAAUUCACGGCAGUUAAAAAACAGAAACUUGUAGAGAUAUCAGAAGCUGAUAUUAAAUCCUUAUGUUAUCCAGAGGAAAUCAAUUCAAACGAAACUGAUAUACUGGCUCCGACUGCUAUUCCCAAAAAAAAUAGUUCUCGUCAAAAAAAAAUUGUUCAAAAUCAAACUACCGAUGUUUUAUCUAUACCAGACGAUUCCGACUAUGGAUAUGUUAUGGGAAAAGAUAUCAAAUAUCCUUUAGGUCUACAUGGAAAGCAUAACGAAUUAUCAUUUUUGGCUAAGAAUAUAUGUCUACCUGACUAA